UAUCAAACUUAUAUAAAAUACAUCAACUUGUGUCAUCAACAGCUAAAUACAAUCCAGAAAGAACCUGAAUAUGCUUAUUUCACAAAAUUUAUUUUCCUUUAGCACGAGAAUGAUCUGCACAAAACAUGCAAGGCUAAUGCUUAAUGGCUUCUUCUUCUACAACUAGUUUUUGUUCUGCGACUUUGCCAUAUAAGAAGCCUCGGUUUCAUCGGUUCCUUCAAGUGAGAUCCCAAAGCUACGGUGAAGAAGGGAAAUCAAGAGACAUUGUUGAUGUGAAUCUGUGCAUUCUGAGGGAAAGGAUACAAGAAAUCAGAGUAAAAGAAAGACUCGAAAAUUGCUGUGUAGCUAAGCAAGGAUGGAAUUAUGCACAUGCCUAUAAUUAUAAACGCAAAAUAGAUGCACAGUUUUCUCUCUUUCUCCAAAUUAUUGGCAUAGUUUGUGGGACUUUUAGCCUCGUACUUGCGUGUUGUACUCUUUGCCUCUGCUUAUUUUCCCUUUUAGUUCAUCUCCAUUAAUGAACUGCUGCUCUAUAGUAAUAAAUAUCUUUGUUUAGAAUCACUAG